CAGAUAUUUUCUAAAUUUGGCACAGUCUUAAAGAUUAUCACCUUUACAAAGAAUAAUCAGUUUCAAGCCUUGCUUCAGUAUGCUGACCCGUUGAAUGCACAUUAUGCCAAAAUGGCUCUGGAUGGCCAGAAUAUCUAUAAUGCAUGCUGCACUCUGCGUAUUGACUUCUCCAAGCUCACCAGCCUUAAUGUGAAAUAUAAUAAUGACAAAAGCAGAGACUUCACUCGCUUAGACCUUCCCACUGGUGAUGGCCAGCCAUCCCUUGAACCCCCUAUGGCUGCUGCUUUUGGUGCACCAGGAAUCAUUUCCUCACCAUACGCAGGGGCUGCUGGAUUUGCCCCCGCUAUUGGAUUUCCUCAAGCUACAGGUCUGUCGGUCCCAGCUGGACUAGGUCCCGGAGCGCUCGGUCCCCUUGCAAUCACCUCCUCCGCUGUCACUGGAAGGAUGGCCAUUCCUGGGGCUGGUGUAUGCCAGGAAAUUCCGUUCUGCUUGUCACCAAUCUUAAUCCUGAUCUUAUCACACCACAUGGACUUUUUAUACUAUUUGGUAA